CUCCGUCAGUGUGUCAUUGUGUGUGUUUGAGACAGAAAGAGAAGGGGAGGGCUGCUAUAAAGGCCGGUUCCCUGUUGCUCGCUCCCAUUCCUUCUGUUUUUUCAGUGGGUUUGAUCUGCAGGGUAUACUCCAGUAUGAUACUCCUGUUUACGGCCACCUUUACCAUCCUGGCGCUGUCCUCCCUGGACCAGGUGGAGUCUUCAGCGUAUGACAAGAUAGUCACACACAGUCGCAUCAGGGCUAAGAAUGAAGGGCCCAAUGUGUGCGCUUUACAGCAGGUCAUGGGGACCAAGAAAAAGUACUUCAGCACAUGCAGGAACUGGUAUAACAAAUCCAUCUGUGGUAAAAAGGCGAUGAUCUUAUAUGAGUGCUGUCCGGGUUAUAUGAAGUUAGAAGGGAAGCGAGGGUGCCCUGCGGCGGCUCCUAUUGACACUGUGUUUGGCACCCUGGAUCUGGUGAAUGCCAAGAUCACCCAACGAUACUCCGAUCAAUCCAAACUGAGGGAAGAACUCGAGGGAGCUGGAUCUUACACAAUGUUUGCACCCAGUGACGAUGCCUGGGAAGAGUUAGAUCCUACUUUGAAAGAUGCCUUGGUCAGCAGUGGAAACACUGAGCUUUACAAUGCACUCCAUUAUCACAUGGUCAACAAGCGUCUUCUCACCAAGGACCUGAAGAAUGAUAUGACCCUAGAGUCCAUGUAUAACAAACAAGGCCUCUAUAUCAAUCACUACUCAAAUGGAGUUGUCACUGUGAACUGUGCCAGGAUCAUUCAUGGCAACCAGGUGGCGACUAAUGGGGUUGUGCAUGUCAUUGAUCGGGUCAUCAGCGUUGUAAGCCAAACCAUCAAGGAUGUGAUCGAAUCCAACGAUGAUCUGGCUUCACUGAACACCGUUGCUUUGACAUCGGGUCUCCAGGGUCAACUGGCAGAGCCCGGACACUACACACUUUUUGCUCCAACCAACGAGGCCUUUGACAAACUAGACAGUGAUGUCCUUGAGAGACUUAUGAGUGACACAACUGUACUUCAAGCCCUUUUGAAGUACCACCUCCUGAACUCAGUGCAGUGCUCUGAGGCCAUUAUGGCGGGCUCCAUCUAUGGGACUCUUGAGGGCAGUAAUAUUGAGAUCGGAUGUGAUGGCGAGAGCCUUACAGUCAAUGGUAUCAAGAUGGUGCUGAAGAAGGACAUUGUCACCAGCAAUGGGGUCAUUCAUCUGAUCGACCAGAUGCUCAUGCCUGACUCAGCCAAGCAGGUGAUGGAGCUUAUAGGAAAAUCUCAGAGCGUCUUCAGUGACAUGGUGUCUGAACUCGGCCUGUCUGCCGCCAUGCAGCCUGAGACUGAGUAUACUAUUCUUGCACCACUGAAUGGAGCCUUCUCUGAUGAGGUAAUGUCCAUGGAUCAGCGUCUCCUGAAGAUUAUUCUAGAAAACCACAUUGUGAAACUUAAGGUUUCUCUGAGUGACCUCUACAGUGGCCAGCUUCUCGAAACCCUGGGAGGAAAACUCCUCCGAGUCUUCAUUUAUCGCACGGCUGUGUGUAUUGAGAACGCAUGUAUGGUCAGAGGCAGCAGAGAGGGCAGUAACGGAGUCCUUCAUCUCAUGCGAUCACUGAUCCAGCCAUCCGAGACAACCAUCUAUGAGCUGCUCUUGAAAGACGGACGCUUCAAAAUCUUCCUGUCUCUGAUGGAGAGUGCUGGACUGACAGAUCUACUGAAGCAGGAGGGAUCAUACACACUCUUUGCUCCUGUAGAUGCUGCCUUUGGCACCCUGACAGAGGAAGACAUCACUCUUCUGAAAAGCGACAUCAACGCCCUCAGGGUGAUCCUGCUCUACCACUUUAGCAAGGGUGUCUUUAUUAAUGGAGGCUUGGAGGGUGGAGUGACUAAUCUUCUCAAGACCAUUCAGGGCCACAACCUUCAAGUGCUGUCUGUAAGUCCCAAUGUCAAGGUGGUGAUUGGUGAACCAAGCAUCACCAAAGUUACACGUGUGAUCAAAGGAGAAUCAAUCGUCACCAAAGUUACACAAGUGAUUGAAGAAGAUCCGAACGUCACCAAAGUCAGACGAGUGAUUGGAGGAAAACCAAGCAUCACUGAAGUUACACAAGUGAUUGAAGAAGAUCCAAGUGUCACCAAAGUUAGACGAGUGAUUGAAGAAGAUCCGAGCGUUACCAAAGUUAGACGAGUGAUUGAAGAAGAUCCGAGCGUCACCAAAGUUAGACGAGUGAUUGAAGAAGGUCCGAGUGUCACCAAAGUUAGACGAGUGAUUGAAGAAGAUCCGAGCGUCACCAAAGUUAGACGAGUGAUUGAAGAAGGUCCAAGCGUCACCAAAGUUAGACGAGUGAUUGAAGAAGAUCCGAGCGUCACCAAAGUUAGACGAGUGAUUGAAGAAGGUCCAAGCGUCACCAAAGUUAGACGAGUGAUUGAAGAAGAUCCGAGCGUCACCAAAGUUAGACGAGUGAUUGAAGAAGAUCCGAGCGUCACCAAAGUUAGACGAGUGAUUGAAGAAGGUCCGAGUGUCACCAAAGUUAGACGAGUGAUUGAAGAAGAUCCGAGCGUCACCAAAGUUAGACGAGUGAUUGAAGAAGAUCCAAGCGUCACCAAAGUUAGACAAGUGAUUGAAGAAGAUCCAAACGUCCAAAUUACACGAGUAACUAACGGAGAUCCAAGCAUCACCAUAAUUAAAGAAGUGGUUGGAGGAGAACCAGGCAUCACCAAAAUUAGACGAGUUGAUGAAGGGAAGCCGUCUGUUACAAAGGUCACAAGGCUCAUUGAAACUCACAGUGCCUCAUCUGAUGGUGAAAUUGACGCUGAGGGAGAAAUCAAGAGAAUCAUGGGCGAAGAUGUAACCAAGGUGCAGAGGUUUCAGCGUGGUGACGUAGACAUCCUCCAGGACGAAGAUAUCAAACAAAUCACUGAUGCGAUCACUCGGGGAGGUGGACCAGGGAUCACCACCAUAACUAGAGUAAUCAAACCAGGGGUCCAGGUUGUUGAAACUGAACCAGGGCUCACCACAUUUACUAGAGUAAUUAAGAAAGACCCUCAGAUCAUUAAAGGUGCACCAGAUGCGGAAACCACUGUUACCAGAGUAGUUCGACCAGAACCGCAGAUAAUUGAAGGACCAGAUUUUUCAAAGAUUGUAUCUUUCAAGGACACUCCAGACCUCCUUGAAACAGAAUCAGAGAGAAUCACCAGAAUCAUCAAGGAGGGCCGUUAUAAAAAACGAGCUGCCAUCAGACAACCACAAGGAUCAAGGCGGAGAGUGAGGCAUCACUCCAGACCCAGACAGUGAGAUGAAUGAGGCUCACUCUACCUGAAGAUCCAAAGUGAAAGACAGUGUUGUAGAACAGUGUGUUUGUCCUGCAAAUACACUGUUACUUCAAACCGCAUUGAAUGUUUACACAUUACAAACCAAUGCAGUAAUAUCUUGGAUCUACGUGGCACACACCCCACUUCAACUCAGAUAAGGGCUACUUGAAAUGGUGGUGGUUAUAAAGAGAGACAUUGGUCAUUUUUGUUUGUUUGUUUUUUAAGCUGUUUAUAUUGUUUCUUUGAAUAUAUAUAUACUGUAUGAGCCUGUCAUUGAGCUUGUCGUGCACAUGAUAUUUUGUGGUGCUUGCAUUCAGAGACAUGAAUGCGUUUUUAUCUGUAAGGAUCAGCAAAUCUUUGGCUGUUGAGUUUACUUUAAAUUAUGCGGCUU